AUGUCAUCCGACAAGGCUCGCUACAGGGCUGCAGAGCUGAUCCUCGGCAAUGAACUCUUCGGACGCGUGCAGUCCUGCAAGGUCCUCAUGGUCGGCGCAGGCGGAAUCGGCUGCGAGCUCCUCAAGAACCUCGUCACUAGCGGCUUCGCUGACAUCACAAUCAUUGACUUGGACACGAUAGAUCUGUCCAAUCUGAACCGGCAGUUCCUCUUUCAGAAGCAGCACGUCAAGCGCAGUAAAGCAUACGUUGCCAAAGAAUCAGCCUCCAAAUUCAAUCCCCAUGUCAGGAUAGAGGCCCUUCACGGCAACAUCAAGGAGCCCCAGUUUGACACUGCCUACUUUGCCCAAUUUGAUCUCGUCCUCAACGCCCUCGACAAUCUUGACGCGCGGCGGCAUGUCAACAAGAUGUGCCUCAUCGCUAAAGUGCCCUUGAUUGAGUCGGGCACGUCAGGCUACAUGGGCCAAGUGCAGCCUAUUUAUCAGGGUCGAACGGAAUGCUAUGACUGUCAGACUAAGCCGACACCCAAGACAUUCCCGGUUUGCACCAUCAGAAGCACGCCGAGCACGCCGAUACACUGCAUCGUCUGGGCAAAGAGCUAUCUCUUCCCGCGGCUCUUUGGUUCCGAUGACGAGCAAGAGGGCGCAGAGCUCGACAAAGCUGCAGCACGCGGCGAGAAUGCUGGGGAGAUAGACAACCUGCGCAAGGAAGCGGCAGAGAUCAAAGCCAUUCGCAAGACCGUCCACACUUCAGGCGGCGCGCAGCGGGUCUUCGAGAAGGUCUACAGCGCAGACAUCAACAGGUUGCUUAGCAUGGAGGACAUGUGGCGCGCGCGACAGAAGCCGACGCCUCUCUCGUGGACGGAUCUGACAUCGGCGACAGAAGCAAGCACGAGCCGUAUCGCCAGUGGAGGACUCAGAGACCAGCAUGUGCCCUCGCUGAACGAGUCAUUCCAGCUCUUCGUCUCCAGUAUGGACAAGCUCUCUGCGCGCGUGCGAGAUGAUCCGGACACACCGCUCGAGUGGGACAAGGACGACGAAGACGCGCUGAAAUUUUCCACGGCGGCAGCCAACCUACGAGCCACGGCAUUUGGUAUCCCCGUCAAAUCUCAAUUUGAUGUCAAACAGAUGGCCGGCAACAUCAUCCCUGCCAUUGCGACGACCAAUGCCAUCGUGGCUGGUCUCAUUGUUUUGCAAGCUCUGCAUGCGCUUCGCAAAGAAUGGAGUCAGGGCCGCUUCGUUUGGGUAGCCAAAGAUGCACGCAAGGCCACCAGUAUCACUCAGCUGAGCGCGCCGAGUCCGACAUGUGCGAGCUGUCAAAUGUCUUAUGUUCCAUUGCGAGUCAAUCUCGGCGAAGUCACCUUGUCAGAGCUCGUCAAGAUCGCCCAGGAGAAGCUCGGCUACGGUGAAGAGGUCGUCAUUGUCGAAGAGAGCAGACUAUUGUACGACCCCGACUUUGACGAUAAUCUCGAUCGCACACUUGCAUCACUAGACAUCAAGGCUGGCAGCUUGGUCAUGGUCAGCGACGAAGAUGGCCUAUUGUCCGAUGCUACUUUUGUCAUCUCUGAUCUGCCGAACGGCACAUUUGAGUUACCGAAGGUCCCGCCAUCAAUUCCCAAGAAGCCAGUCAAGGAGGAAGCUACAGACGCAGAAGCAAGUUCGUCGCAGACUAGAACAUCGACGAAGCGAACAAUAGAUGAAGUCGACGCUGAGGGAUCUCAGAGCAAGCGAGCGCGAGUAGACGCUUCGGGCGCGAUCCUGAUUGACGAUGAUGAAGAGCAAGACAAAACGGCGGCUACCGACGGCGUCAUAGAUCUUGACUAG